AUGGGCCGUGACCCUUUCAUCCUCGUUGACCUCGUCAUCUCGACGCCGCAUGGCCAGAGAAUGAAGCCCAUUUCAUCGUCGUUUACACAAGAUCCCUCCCCUCCACACCCUCGCCUUCUCGUCCAACACCAACACGCAAGCAUCAUGACGCCCCGGACUACCCAGAUGCCGCUCGAGGUAGCCGUCUUCUCCGGCGAGUCGGCCCUCAAGGCCCAAAGCCAAGGCGCCUCCCGAGUCGAGCUCAACGCCCCCGGCUCGUACCACGUCGGCGGAACGACGCCUCCCCUGUCCGAGCUCGCCAAGGUAGCAGCAGACAUGAGCAUCCCGGUCCGCAUCAUGAUCCGGCCGCGCGGGCCGCCCGUUGAUGGAUCCAAGGACUUCAUCUACACGCCCGACGAGGUCGCCUCCAUGGCCCAGUCGAUCCGCAGCUUCAAAGCCAGCGGCCUCCUCAACCCGUUCCAAGGCGACGGCUUCGUCUUCGGCGCCCUGCAGCCCGCCGACUCGACGGACGCCGUCCAGAUCGACGAGGCGGCCUGCCGGACGCUCCUCGACGCCGCCAGGCCCUUUGGCUGCGUCUUCCACCGGGCCUUUGAUCCCAUCGCCGCCACCAGGCGCAUCGGCGACGCCCUCGAGACCCUCGUCGGCCUGGGCUUCGAAGGCCUCCUCACCGCCGGCGGCCGCGGCCCCUGCACCCACAACAUGGACCGCCUCGACAACGAGUGCCGCAGGCAAGCCGGCCGCAUACAGGUCGUCGUCGGCGGCGGCCUGCGCGCCUCCAACAUCCAGCCCGUGGCCGAGCGCCUCGGCGCCCACGAAAAGGGCAGCGUGUGGAUGCACACCGCCGCCUUGACCGACCGCCGCGACCACGGCCCCGAGGACAUCGACUCCUCCGAACUCAACGCCGUGCUGGCAAUCUUGGAUUCCGUCUGUGUGCCGUAG